UCCAACUCGCCGAUCGAAACUAUGGACGGCGGUCGAAGGUGGUUUCCGGCGUUGUACUGUGCAAGUAGAAGGUGGUUUCUGACGUUGAUUUGUGCAAUUCGAAGGCUUUUUCCGGUGCCGAUUUGUGCAAUUCGAAGGCCGUUUCCGACGCCGAUUUGUGCAAGUCGAAGGCGGUUUUCGGCGCCAAUCAUUGCAAGGAGACGGCGGAGGCAAUUGAAUAGGAACUGUGCAAGACGUAGGCGAGUCUAUAGCAAGCGGCAGCAGAGAUGAUACUAUUUAAGGCGGCGAUUAGUCCUCGGUCUGCUACCAGGCGGCGGCUGAGACGACUUCAUUGAAGGCGGCGUCGGAGGCAGGGCCAUUUGUACAAGGCGGCGACAACAUAUAAAUUUGGAGACCUCGAUUUUUCUUAAGUUUAAAUCACCUCUUGGGAAGAAAGCAUAGGCUAAAAUGGUUAAUAGAGAGCGGCCAAAUGGUACAUGUUGAUUUUUCCUACAUUCGUAUGUAGAUAUAUGUUAACUAAUAUUAUUUUAUUUUUACAAGAUAACAAUGGUGAACGACUAAGGGAAUUCUACAACAUUUUAGCUGAAAAAGUUGUAGAAAAUAUUGUAAAAAAUCGUGUGAAAGAUGUGAGUAGCUCAAAACGUAAAGAAAAUGAUGGCCCAAGUAGUGGGGGAAUUGAAACUGAUGAUCCAAAAGUUAAUGCGGCUACAAUUAUUGAUGAGUGUGUGCAAGCUACGAUGAUGAAGAAUAAAGGAAAGGAAAAGGCAAACACUUCUUCUGCAGACACACGUAUUAAUGAGCCGAGAGUCAUAAAUGCAAGAAAGGCCGUUGUUCGGAAGAUCAAUACAACGUUGAGCAUUCACGAUGAUGACUUUGUUGAAGAUGGUUUAAAUACUAAACAAAUGAGUGUAAAUGUUGGGGAUGAAGGUCCUGUUGAAAAGGAAGCUAAGAAUCAUCAUAUGCUUCGAUCACGUGGCAGCCCAUCUUAUUUGCAGAAGUUGAUAUCAUCGCUCAACGACGCCCAAAAAGAAGCUGUGCGACAGAUCGGGUUCGGCGAUUUUCUACAUCUACAAAUCAAUGAACUCACGACAAAGUUAACAUAUUGGGUUGUCAAAAAUUUCGACAGUAAAGAGCUGAGUAUUCAACUUUGCAAUGUGCAUCACACUAAUUUAUCUAUGCAGCCAAAAAAUAAACAACUAAGCAAUUUGAAUCCCUACUAUGCAGUUAAAUUCUGCAAUUAUGCAACACACUAAUUUAACUAUGCACAUCAUUUUAUUACUCAUCUAUGAAAUAAAAAUUAAUACACAUUUC